AUGACGAAAAAUAACUUGGAUACCCUGAGAAUUGGAUUGUUUAUAAAUUUUCCACGCUUGUUUGUUCUAAUAGGAGCAUCAGGGAAAGGUAAUCCAUGGAGGCAUCCCCUCCUCUCACUUCAAUCUUCGACUCCACCCCCGAGACAACGCAUAAUUGGAGGAUCCACCUCCAUACCACAUUACUGGCCAUUCAUGGCCUCACUUCAAACCCACGACGGAUUCCACUUCUGUGGUGGGGUUCUGGUGGAGACCAAAUGGAUUCUCACAGCGGCUCACUGUUUGGACGGACAGAGUGCUCAGUCCUUCAGGAUUGUGAUGGGUGAGCACGACCUUUCAACAAAUGAAGGAACAGAACAAUUCAGGAAUAUCACCUCCAUACACAUGAAUCCCUUCUACAACAUCCAACAUUCAGACUUUAACUUUUACCUUCCUAACGACGCUGCUCUACUGGAACUGAGUCAACCCGUGACUGAGAAUCCGAACGUCAGAGUCGCUCUGCUACCGACAAAAUGCGACGACUUCACCGGACAGGACUGCUUCGUCAUAGGGUGGGGAAAGACACGGGAUACAGAGCAUUCCAAUCUUCUACAACAAACCACAAUGACAGUCAUUGCAACCAACCUGUGCAGCGCCACCUGGGGGAGCUAUGUUUACUAUGACAGUCUGUGCGUCAUCAGCUAUGGCAGUACACCAUGCUCUGGUGACAGUGGUGGACCUCUGAUCUGCCUUGACCGUUCACAGUAUGUAAUAGCUGGAGUGUCCUCCUGGGGUGACGUGGAUUGUGGGUACCACCCUUCUAUCUACACCAAAGUCUCUGAGGUCCUCUCCUGGAUCCAUGACAUUGCCAAGUAAAUUCUGUGUAACAACACAUGCAAAUGGACUUGUAAGAGAUGUAUUUCUUACCAUAAAAAAAAUACAGAUUUGCAAACAAUUAAUACCUGUAUCAGUAUACAUGUAUAUCAAAAAUAUUAGAGUGUUAAGAGAUCACCAUAUUCACCCACUCAAUUUACACUCUAUGGUACAUCAAUCAAUUCUGACAUAUUACAAAACACUUCCUAAUAUUUAUCACUGAGUCCCUCUGUCUUUUAUUUCAAUAUUUCUUUCAAAUAAAUUUGGUUAUUCCAGGGGAAGUUGGUCAAUUUCCCAUGUGU